CAUUGCGCUUUCCACUCCCUCAUCCAGUUGCAGUGCCUGGCCCUUGCCUUACUGCCAGAACAUCUAAUACGGAGGUGGUGUCAGCAAAAAUGAACAGUUUGCUCCCUGAGGAAAUAAUGGAUACUGGUAUAACUCUUGUGGAAGAUGAUUGUAUUAAGGUUGUUAUUGUGUCCUCACCUAUGGGAGAGUCCAUUCCCAUGGAAACAGAACUGGAAGAAAUUGUGAACAUAAACUCAACCAGUCACUCGGCAACUACAACUACUUCCACAGUCACCGCAGAACCAUUUGCUGUGCCCAGCAGUCACUCAAGCCAAGUUGCAGUGAAUACCACAAUUACAAAAACUGACACCAACGCAACAAUAAAACUUACAUUUCGAAGUGGCCUCCAUAAGUUUGGUGCUGUGACUCCAGUGACUAUAUCAACCAAUCAGAUUAUUCUGAACAAGACCUCUGACCUUAAACUUAGCAAUCAAACUAUUAAAUGAGAUGGGCAAAAGCUAUUUGUAACAACUUUGGGAAAGUCUGGCCAACCAAUUGUUUUAGCAUAACACACAACCAGCUAUCCAGGUGCAGAAGAUCACAUCCCAGAUUCAAAGUGGAGACUCUGUGGGCAUUUACAGACAUGCCUGUGUUUUUCUAACCCAUGCUAAGUGAUUCCUAUCACACAGUUCAAAUCAAAUUUCAUGCGUUAAUAGAUGGUCAAAUUGAUCAUUGAGGAAGUUUGUGUAUUUCUGUGCUUCUGCAGUAGAGAUAGCAGGGGCCCCGGACACUUAUGUAAAUCAGGUAACUAAAGGACCUAUGUGCUGUUUCUUAUUUCCAUAUGAAUCAAAGGAAAUAACACCCUCCUCUUAAAGUACCAGAUCAUCUCUAAACUGUUCGUUCAGUACCGACUUUUGGGUACUUUGCUAUCCAUAUUAAAGCUGGAUUCAAAAUC